AUGAUGGAGAUUUUGAAGACGGUCCGGAACGGAGGUAAUGUGUUGAUCCCGACUGAUAGCUCAGGUCGUGUGCUUGAGCUGAUGCGGGUGCUCGACCAGUACUGGAUCCAGAACAAACUGCGUGACCCGAUUGCACUGCUCCAUGACAUGAGUUACUACACCCCGAAGGCCGCCCAGGCAAUGCUAGAGUGGUGCAAUGACCGUAUUGCGAAGAACUUCGACGUCGGUCGGCAAAACCCGUUCCAAUUCUCACAUAUUCACCUUGUCCAUACGCUGGAGGAGCUAGACGCUCUUCCAAGCCCCAAGGUUGUUUUGGCUACGUCGCCAAGCCUGGAGUGUGGCUUUGCGAAGGAUAUUUUCAUCCGCUGGGCCCCUGAUCCAAGGAACAGUAUCAUCUUCACUUCGACUACGCCCGAGACGUCAUUCGCAUCUCGUGUACUGAAGAUUGCCAAGGAUCCGUCCGCUGCCAAGGUCAUUUCAUGCACAGUGACGAAAAAGGUGUUCUUGGAGGGAGCAGAACUUGCGCUGUAUGAAGUGAAAGAGCGGAAACGUCUUCGCACGGAAGCCGAAAACAAGGCGAAGGAGAUCGAAGAGGCUGCAAUGGAAGAUAUGAUGAUGGGAAUCGAAGACUUCGAAUCUGAGUCAGAGGAGGAGGAAACCACACAGCAAGAAGUCCAACUUCGAGGCACCUUUAAGGUUGGCCUGGGGCAGUUUGCUUCUGUUCGGUACCCGAUGUUCUUCGCAGUGGAGCCCAAGAUUGAGUGGGAUGAAUAUGGAGAGAUUAUCAACCCCGACGACUUCAAGGAUGCAACGUUGCUGGCGAACCGCCAGGCCCGCCGCAACAUUAUCGAGGAUGCUGAUGGAGACGAGGAUAUGGAAAGCGCCGACAAAGAAGCUGCCGCUGAAACUCGCCCCACAAAAACCAUCACGAAUGAAGUCACCGUCAGCAUUGCCGCUCGUAUCACCCAAGUGGACUUUGAUGGCAUUGCCGACGGUCGAGCAAUCCGCAACUGUCUCGGCAACGUGAAGCCCCGCAAGCUCAUCCUGGUUCACGGCACGGAGACAACUACGAACGAGCUGAAAAAGUUCGUUGAGUCGUCCAUCCCGCUGUGCGAGGCCGUGUUUACCCCGAACGUGAUGGAGUGUAUCGACAUUGAGUCCGAUACAAACGUGUACAAGCUGUCGGUGAAGGAGUCGCUGUACACGUCUGCGGUUGGCAGCCACGAGGUCGCGUACGUCACAGGUCAACUGGCGCUCCCGGAGAACAGCUCCGUGCCGGUGUUGCAGCCUCUGAACGAGAACGGCGGCCAGACGACGCACGAACCCAUCCUGCUGAGCGACGGCAAGAUGAAGCUGGACGUGAUGAAGCAGGUGCUGGGCAAGGCCGGCUUUCAGGCCAAGUUCCGCGGCGGUAUGCUGGUCUGCAACGACGGCGUGGUGCUCAAGCGCGCCAUGAACAACGAGAUCGUGAUGGAAGGCACGCUGUCCAGGAACUACUACCGCAUCCGAGCGCUGCUGUACGAGCAGUUCACCUUGGUGUAG